AUGGAGGCAAAGGUCCUUGAGAUGUUGCGGAUGUCGAAGUAUUACCGCCACAUAGCGGAGGAGUUCCUUUACAAGGAGAUUUCUUUCCAUGAAGAACACUACUUCCAGAUCAAUCUCCUCUUUCUUGCUAUUCUUGACCGACCAGAUCUAGCGAAAGGGAUCAAACGCUUUACACUGAUCCACGAAACUAGCUCACGCGCAGUCAAGCACGGCGACAAUGACUACUAUCGGGACUCCUUCAACAAGAUCACCACUGUGAGAGACAUGGUCGACGAUAUCGGGAGGGACCUAGACUGGGAGCUUGUCAUGCGCUGGUUCGGUGACAUCUACGCGUGCCGAGAAUCGUUCGAUGGCGCGUUGGCUGUUAUCCUUUGUCUCGCGACAAAUCUUGAGCACUUAGAUCUCGGGUUCAGGACUGAUCGCACACUAUCGAUCACGACAAAACUCCUAGAACAAGAAUGGAGAAUUAAUCGUAAGAAGCCAGAGAUCCGCCCUUUCGGCAAGUUGAAGAGUCUUUGUAUCGGCGGAGGUGCAUACAGAGCGACACCUGUGUUCCCCUGGAUGGAGUCUCUGAGCAUCAAGUACGAUUACAGGUCUCACCGACAGGGAGUCAUGUAUUUUCCCUAUCGAGGUUCUAGUACGAAGCUACGAAUCCUGGAGAUGAAGAACGUUGACGCCAGUCCAAGCGACUUUGAGACGCUUCUUUCGUAUCCGGAACUCAGCAACCUCAAAGAACUAAAGGUCAGUAGAAUAUAUGUUGAACCCGAGAGCGAAUGGAAGGACUACGAUCUUCAACACUUGACACACGCAAUCGAAACACAUCUACCCGACCUAGAGAUUCUACAUUGGUUCAAUGUCGACUGGGAUCCAGACUGGACUUCCCCGAGAACAUUCGGCAGCUUCAAGGGUCUGUCGAAACUAUCAGAACUGAAGCUCGACGCUCACCUACUAGCAACUCAAGAUCUCAUCUACAAUCAACGUGCAGAAACGUUGGCCCUUACACGCCCUGAAGAGUACCUCCCUGACAGUCUGAAAGCUCUACACAUCGUAUCUUUGAGUGCACAAGACGAACGAGUCGACGCGAUUCUGGGGGUGGCCCGUACUCUGAAACUCCAGACCGUUGAGCUGUCGCUCAGCUUGGAGGACUGGGAUCCUGGCUAUGAAUAUCGUCCGGCUGGAGUGCGAGAACUACGCAAGAGCAGAAGGAAGUUCUUCCGCGAAUCUGUGGUAAACUUGACUGCAUUAGGCACAACGAUGCGCGUCUGGCGACAGGAGGGCAGAUUCUCAAAAGAGGUGCUCUUUGCACCAGGAUAUCAAAGGCCGUGGCCCAUAUGGAAGGACAUUGAGAGCUUACACUGGUCUAGACAUGUUCGCGACGCAUGGGAAGUUAAGCAAGGAAUCCGGGCUCCUCCUUCAGACGACGCUCUUGGUGAUAGUAGCGAAGAGGGUGACAGCGAUGUCGACGAGGAAGGAAACAUUGCAGGCCAGGGCGGAAACAAGAAGAAGGGCGAUGACGAAGAGCAAGGCGAUGGCAAUGAUCAGAGCCACAACCGGGAUGAAAAUACGGCAGCGGAAAAGGCCAGUGGCGGAGAUGAAGGACGCUCAAAGUCUGGUGCGGAGGGUAACUAA